CCCCGGCCGUCACUCGGCUGGACUCGGGUUCGUUCGGCUCCGCUCGGGUUCGUUCGGCUCCGCUCGGUUACGUUCGGCUCCGUUCGGCUGCACUCGGCUCCGAUGGGUCCCGUUCGUCUCCGCUCGUCUGGACUCGGCUCCGCUCGGUCCCAUUCGGCUCGGUUCGGCUCUGCCAUGGCCUGGAUCUCCCUGCUGGCCGUGGCCGUGCUGAUGGCACCCGCCGCCGCCCGGGGGCCCUCGGCCGAGGAGGAGCUGCAGUUCAAAGCCUGGAUGCUGCAGAAUGGCCGAAACUAUGGCCCCAGUGAGUACCCACACCGGCUGCGCAUCUUCCUGGACAACAAGAAACGGAUCGAGGAGCACAACGCUGGGAACCACAGCUUCCAGAUGGCGCUGAACCAGUUCUCAGACCUGACCUUCGCUGAGUUUAAGAAGCUGUACCUGUGGAGGGAGCCCCAGAACUGCUCAGCCACAAAGGGGAAUUUCCUGCGCAGCUCUGGGCCAUAUCCUGACUUCAUCGACUGGAGGAAGAAAGGAAAUUAUGUGACACCUGUGAAGAACCAGGGUGCCUGUGGGAGCUGCUGGACCUUUUCCACCACGGGGUGUUUGGAGUCUGCUAUCGCUAUUGCGACGGGAAAGCUCCUCUCUCUGGCAGAACAGCAGUUGGUUGAUUGCGCUCAGGCUUUUAACAACCACGGCUGCAGUGGGGGCCUGCCAAGCCAAGCCUUCGAAUACAUCCUGUACAACAAAGGGCUCAUGGGGGAGGACGCCUACCCGUACCGGGCCAAGAAUGGCACCUGCAAGUUCCAGCCGGAGAAGGCUAUUGCGUUUGUCAAGGAAGUUAUCAACAUCACACAGUACGACGAGGAUGGCAUGGUAGAGGCUGUGGGGAAGUACAACCCGGUGAGCUUUGCGUUCGAGGUGACAAGUGACUUCAUGCACUACAGAAAGGGAGUCUAUUCAAACCUGCGAUGUGAGCACACUCCUGACAAGGUCAACCAUGCUGUCCUGGCUGUGGGGUAUGGAGAGGAAAAUGGGAGACCGUACUGGAUUGUCAAGAACUCGUGGGGCCCGAUGUGGGGCAUGGAUGGGUACUUCCUUAUUGAACGUGGCAAGAAUAUGUGUGGUCUCGCUGCCUGUGCAUCUUACCCCAUUCCUCAGGUGUGAGAGCAGAGCGCAGGCUGGGGGAAACAGGCAUGGAAGGAAUGACUGAUUGUGUAUGAAUUCCUAAAUGCUAAUAUCAGGGAAGUGAGAACAAGAUGAAAUAAGUCUGCUGAAAAUUACUACCUGCAGGCAGAUUCCUUGGCUUGCACACAGCUUCUUGCAGUAGGGAAACCCAGCCAAAAGCAAGCAUGCUCCUGCGCCGAGCACCAGACUCCUGCCUUCUCGUCUUAGCUGUGCUGCAGCUGCCUUGCACCCUGUCCCAGCUGCAGCCUUGUGGCUGGGGCUGUCGGCAGCAGGAGCGCUGCUUGGACAGGGGGAAUGUCCCAGUCACCUGAUUCCAAGAGCUGCUCCCUUGCUUCGUGUGGCCAUUUAGAAUCAGAGAAUCAUUAGGUUUUAAGAGACUUUUGAGAUCAUCAGCUCCAACUGCACCUGUCCACUACUAAGUAAUGUCCCCAAGCACUUUCUCUACCGCCUGUUAAACGCUCCAGGGAUGGUGACUCCACGACCUCCCUGUGCAGCCACUGCCCAUGCCCGAGAACCCUUUCUGUGAAGAAAUUUUUCCUAAUGUCCAAGCUAAACUUCCCCUGAUGCAGCUUGAGGCCAUUCCCUCUCAUCCUAUCACCCAUCACUUGGGAGAAGAGACCAACACCCACCUCUCUUCAACCUCUUCUAGCUAGUUGCAGAGAGCAAUAAGGUCUCCCCUCAGCCUCCUCUUCUCCAGGCUAAACAACACAGAGCUCCCUCAGCUGCUCCUCGUAAGACUUGUUCUCCAGCCCCUUCACCUCAAUUUUCACCUGAUUUCUCAAUCAACAGAUGUAGCUUCUGGGAAUUUUAAUUAUCUUUGAGAUUCUUCCUUUCCCUAGAAAAAGACAAGUGCUGCGAUUGCUACAUUUUAUCUGUUUUAAAUAAAUGAUGUUAAAAAAUGCAUAUUUUAAUGCAAAUAGAGAAUAAAUGGAUGAUUUUUUAUGCCUCUUUUACCUAAAAUCAAUAAAAAAGAAACUCCUGAAAUAAA